AACAAACGUUCACCGAGUGGAACAAAAAAUACCGCUCUAGUUUCUAGAUAUUUUAGGGUAAUUAAUUGUUGUAAAUGUCUGUAGUCAUUUUAAAACAGAAGACUGAGGUACGCCGCUAGCGUCUACAUCACUGUGAAAUCGUCCCUCUUGUUCAGAAGGUAAAUUCCGGCAUCGUCGUUGCCCAUGCCUGUGCAUCACAUUCAGAUUUAGUGAAACUUUCGGUACUGCUCGCUUAAAUGGACCAAGACGACAACGAGGAUCCAGUCGAAGCGGAGCUGCUUCAACUGCUAGCUCCAUUUAGUUCUCUGGUAACAACCGACAAGGAUGAACUAAUCAGGCAAUUCCAGGCCAUUGGAGCCAAUAUGAAUCAGGAAACGGCUACAUUCUUUCUAGAGAUGUCGAAUUGGAAUCUCCAAGCCGCGGUAGGGUGUUACUUUGACACCCUGGGGCAGCCCGGAAUACCAUCGAUGAAAUUCUUGAACGACAUGACAAUCGGAAAAGGCGAAAAAAUAAUGCCGAAUACAGAAUAUCAGCUGAAGUUCUUGGUACAAAAUAGCGGUGAUAUACAAUGGAUUCAGGGAACUUAUAUAGCUCUAAAGGCCUCAACAAACAUGCCGCAAUCGACAAGCGCCCGGAACAACAAAAUCUUCGUGCCUUCAAUUUCAAGCAACGACACUGCUAUUGUAACAGUACGCGCGGUUAGCCCGAGUGACGAAGGAGUAUACGUGACCAAUUGGGCUAUGUAUACACCGAACGGCUUCGAGUUUGGAGAAACGAUAUCAAUCACUAUGGAAGUUUCUAAAACAGGAACAAUGACAUUAACUCAGGCGAGCAGCGGAGGUGCAGUCGGUGCUAAUAAUAUAGGCACUAUUGAAGACGGUGGUACCAUCGCAGAUGAGGUCACUGUCGAAGAUGGUGAUACUAUCGACGACGUAGAUAUGUGGGAUUAGACGGUGGAACUUUCUUAUUCAUUUUCAUUAGAGCAACUAUAAUCAAUGCAGAAGAAGGAGAAAAUACUUAAUUUUCUCUCAAUUUCCAUUUCACAUCCAUCUCCUUCUUUUUGACUUUUUGAAUAAAUUUGACGUAUUUGUUCAUUAAAAAUAUAUUAACACCGACAUUUGUUUCUCCCGCUAACCAGGAAUUGAACUGAAAUACAGUAGCUUGCCAAAAUGUGCCUCCGAUUGCGCAUGCUACUUUCGUGCGCGAGUGACCCUUGCGCGGUGAGACCAAUACCAAUGGUGUCAAGCUUUGAAACUGAAUUAGCUACUUAUCCGGGGGUAGUGACUGAUUGAAACUAGGUUAAUAUAGCUCACUGUUUUCUUAGAAAACGAGCCAAACGAGAUUUGUCGUUGACUAGUACAUGAGAGAGAAUGAGUCGUUAACUAGUACAGAAAAAGACUUUGUUAGUUACGAAACGCGUUAGGGAAUCCACAGCAGUGCAUUACAAUUCCGUACCGUAUCGAUGUACCUAGAGUCUAGGUCCUAGGCUCACCUUGCAUUGCAUUGCAAUGCAAGCAUGCCAAAAAAACUCUUAUAAAUUACAAAAGAAAUAAAAAUGUAAAAUGAACUGUUCUUAGCAACAAGCAUAAGAGAC